CUACAUCCUUGCUGUCCUCUUGUCAUACUAAUCUUAGAGAUGGCGCCAAGUUUUAUCGGUGCUCUUCCCACCGACCACCUGCGGUGGUACUCGUCUCAAGCAGAACUACCGGAAAUGCUGCUAGGGGAUGGGACACCAGAAAUGCCUCCCGAAGGUCACAAAUCGCAUCGCAACCGACUAUCUGUCAUACCCGCGCCGUAUAGGCGACUAGAAUCCAUGCACACUCUAACUCACCCUAGCUGGGAUUUCAACGUCGACAGUUUCCUUUAUGCGCACGUUCCGUCUCAUAAACUGAAGAUCGGUCAUGAACAUUCCAGGGGGAGCGCCACCAUGCCCUGCCCGCCAUACGUAUAUGUGCCGCCUACACCGCUCUCAAGACCCAAGACCGUACGAGAGGUAUCGUGGUGGGUCAAUGAAUACCCAUUAAGAACCGCGCAAUGUGUUAUGCAUCAUUCCUUCCGAGAGUCGAUGGACUACAUUUUUGACUUCGAUAGUCGGAACGACCCAGACCAUGAUAUCCUCGCCACUUUGGUGUUUGGACACAUAGACGGGGACGAAGCCCAUCCACCGGCUUGUUUAGUCUUUGUCCAACCCCCGUGGAUUUUAUCCCCGAAGGACCUCGAACUAUUUGUGGACUGCCAAACCCUCCGACCGGCUGCCGACGACGCUGGCUUCAUAACAUCGUACAGUAGUAAGGAACGGUUGUGGUCUAAGAUUUGGGACGAAUGCCAUCGGCGAAAUUGUCGAUGGUUUGUUUUGACAACGUAUUGGGGAUGGGUGUUUGGUGCAUUCUCCCAAGGCUGGACUGUGGGAUUUUCGCGAGGCAUUCUGGAUCGGAACUGCAAGUACCCCACAGUCUUGGAGAGUCUCGUUUACUGGCUAGGUUCAUCAAUCGGUGUCCCCGGUAGCUGGGAGAUCCCAGAGGUACCAGAAUCUGUCCAGAACCUGGAUGCACAGAACAAGGCCCUAAUUCCCCAUACACAUAGACUGGAUUGUGAACCGGCUCCUUCAGUGUCAGAUUGGGAUGCUCGAAGUGAAGCUCCCUCGUCAAAAUUCGACGUGCCUUCAGACGACGAAGAUGAUCAGGCGGUUUAUGCCAUGUUAUUUGAAGAAAAGCCAAACGUCUCCCUAAGACAACCAGUCAAUCUGCAAAGGCGAGGCAUUCCUGAUGGGCAGAUUGCCAUCCAUACAUGGUCGAGAGCAACCGCCGGAGAAAUGCGUCCCCCAUCCCCUACCCGGUCGGAGUUCUCUGUCGCGUCCGGCUCGACCGUACGCGACUACGGUAAGCGGGCUGUAGCACAAGGUGGCGGAUAUCUAUCUGGAAAGCGGUACGAGCAGCCGCGAGGUGACUAUCGGUGACGGCCUGGAUCGGAUGAUGGAAGGUGACCUGACUGGAGGUAGAGCAGGAAUCGCAUCCUUGUUUAAUCGACGCUAUGAUCAGUACUAUCGAUUUGUUGUGUAACGCACUGUACUUCAUGUAUCAUAGAUAUCUGCGUGUAGCUCUUGUACUUGAUACGCUUACUCUGGGAUUAAUGAAAAGUCUAUAUUC